GUUCGUCCGAAAUUUUCAAUAAACAAGUUGAUCGUACAUUGUAAUCGACACGGUAAAGAAAGGAUGAAAGAACAAGGAAACGAAUUCAAUGAUAACGUAGAGGAAAUUCGUAACUCUUUUCCCGUGCGUUUACACGCGUAUCGCAUGAAAGUGACAACCUGAUUUCUAUUUAUUUCUUAAGAAGAGCUUUUACUAUUGGUGGAAAUGGCGGAAUAACAAGUUGCGUCGUUCGUAACGUCCUUCAAACGUUCCUAUCGAUUCUGAGAAUACGCGGAGCGUAUAAUACGGAGUUCACCGUCGAAACAUGCUAGUUCGUCGGUAACGGUGCUUGACCGUUGUCAUUCAGUGAAUAGUGUAACGUUUUUUAUCAAAAAAUAAAGUUACCUCGCAGUCGUUUCUUUCUUUUUUUUUCCGUUCUUUCAACCACAGCGCAGUUAAGUUAGCUUGCUCAAAUUUCGAAAAAAAAAUGUCAGAUAACGAGAAUAAAUCAUGCUGUCAUACACGUCAAAAUUGUGUUGUACAACCACUUUUAACAGACUUGUACCAAAUUACAAUGGCAUAUGCUUAUUGGAAAAGUGAAAAAAUGAAUGACCAUGCUGUAUUUGAUUUAUUUUUUCGUAAAAAUCCUUUUCAAGGAGAAUUCACAAUUUUUGCUGGACUAGAAGAAUGUAUUAAAUUUCUAGAGAAGUUUCAUUAUUCCUCCAGUGAUAUUAAAUACUUAAAGUCAACAAUGCCAUCAUCAGUUGAUCAAAGAUUUUUUGAAUAUUUGAAAGAUCUGACUCCAAAAGAUGUGACAAUAUAUGCUAUGGAAGAAGGUUCAGUUGUUUUCCCAAGAAUACCAUUACUAAGAGUAGAAGGUCCAUUAAUAAUGGUACAACUUUUGGAAACAACACUGUUAACAUUAGUUAACUAUGCAAGUUUAAUGGCAACUAAUGCAGCCAGAUUUCGUAUGUUUGCUGGGAAAAAUAUAACAUUACUAGAAUUUGGCCUUCGAAGAGCUCAGGGUCCUGAUGGUGGUUUAAGUGCCUCGAAAUAUAGCUAUAUUGGUGGUUUUGAUGGUACGAGUAAUGUCUUAGCAGGAAAACUUUACAAUAUUCCUGUAACUGGAACACAUGCACAUUCAUACAUCACAUCUUUUACUAGUAUUGAUGAUUUACAAGAAAAGACUUUGACACAUAAAGAAACAGGACAAGUUUGUAAUCUUCUGGAAUUAGCUUGCAAACAUCGGAAUUCCGUUGCAGCUGAUGUAGGAACAUUAGUUUCUGAGGCUUCUAAUGGAGAAUUAGCUGCUUUAAUUAGUUAUGCCAUUGCUUUUCCACAGCGGUUUGUUGCCCUUGUAGAUACAUAUGACGUGAAAAGCAUCGAAUCCUCGGCCAAGAGACAGGCAUGUAUAGCCAGCCUAAAUGUAAAGAAUAAAUGCCUAACAAAUGGGUCCAAUACACAUGCCCAAAAUGGUGUCAGAAACAGUCCAAUUAUAUCAGAAUCGACUUCAUAUGACAAGAAUGGCUUUUUAAAUCAAGGCGAAUUGGGUGAGCUCUAUGUGAGUAAUAAAGGAUCUCGGAAAUUGAGUGGACUCCUAAACUUUUGUGCAGUGGCACUAGCUUUAAAUGACUUGGGUUAUAAAGCAAUUGGUAUAAGAAUUGAUAGCGGCGAUUUAGCAUAUUUAAGUAAUACAGCAAGAGAUAUUUUCGAAAGAAUUGCCAUUAAAUAUAAUAUACCUUGGUUUGCAAAAUUAACAAUAUGUGCGACAAAUGAUAUUAACGAAGAAACUAUUCUAAGUUUAAACGAACAGAAUCAUAAGAUCGAUUGUUUUGGAAUUGGAACGCAUUUGGUAACAUGUCAAAGACAACCAGCAUUAGGCUGCGUUUAUAAAAUGGUAGAAAUUAAUGGUCAACCUAGAAUUAAACUUAGCCAGGAAGUUGAUAAAGUAACAAUACCGGGAAAAAAAGAUGCAUUCAGAUUAUACGGAGCGGAUGGAUAUGCUUUGAUCGAUUUAUUACAAAGAUCAACGGAAGAGAUUCCACAAGUAAAACAUAAAGUUCUUUGCAGGCAUCCUUUUCAAGAAUCGAAGAGAGCUUAUGUUAUUCCAUCACGAGUGGAAUCAUUGCAUAAGGUAUAUUGGAAAAAUGGUAAAUUAUGUCAACCUUUACCUACAUUACAAGAAAUACGAAAUAGAGUUCAAGAGUCAUUAAAAACACUCAGAAAUGAUCACAAAAGAAAUUUAAAUCCUACACCAUAUAAAGUGGCUGUUAGUGAUGAUUUGUAUAAUUUUAUACAUGAUUUGUGGUUACAAAAUGCACCCAUUGGUGAACUUUCGUGAAGUUGUAAAUACAUUAUCAUUAUCAAAGAAUAAUGAACAAAGACCAUGUACUUACUUAAAUGGCCUACCAACACAUUAAGCUGGAGGUUCAAGUUCUAGUUGUACAAGCAUUUUGUUAUAGUAGUAUAUUUUGAUAACUUAUAAAAAUCAUAUUAUGAUAUAUUUAUAUAGUUUUACAAACUUAUCUUUAGAACACAGAGUUCCAUCAUAAAAUGAUUGAUGGUAUAAAACUAUUAGACACUCUUAGUUACUUUUGUUUUUUAAAAUAAUAUGAAACGGGUGAACUUGGAUUAAUAAUGCACAAUUUAUAGGGUAAUUCACAUGUAAACAAAAAAGAUUGAAUGUACAUAUAAUACAACAAAAAUUAUAAAAUCGGUAAUGUAAAUUAAGUGUAAAUAAUCAUUGAUAUUUCUAAAAUUUCUUUUUAUAUACUAUUAUUAUUAAUUGAUAAUAUUUUCUAUGUUUUCUAGUUCAAAAAGAUUACAUUUUUUUUUUUUUUUUUUUUUUUUAAAAACAAAAGAAAAGAAAAAUAAUUUUAUAAAAAAUGAUAUACAUUUAAUGUGCUUAUUUAAUACUAUAUAUAUGAUUAUAAGCAAUAAAAUACAAGUUCAAAGUUCGAUUUCUGAUUUAAAAAAAACGAUUGUACAAAGUUUGAGCAUAACAAAAAUAGUGUAUAAAUAUACAUAAAAGAGUCAAUGAAGAGAAACCUAUUUGGUAUGUGAUACAUAUUUUAAAAAAGAAAUAUUUAAUCAUUGGAAUUAUUGUGACGUUCAUUAAACUUUUAUUUUUGAAAUUCAUUUAUUUUAUUCAUUUAUAUAUUUAUAUCAAGGUGUAUAUAAUUUAAGCUUAUUUUUAUACUAUGUAAGUGUAUUCAAAAGUAUCCUCAAAAACUUGUUAACAAAAUGAAGAAAGUCAAAUUUUUACAUAAUUUUAUCAUUUUAUUUAUAUUAAAUCUACUAUCUUUCCAAAUCACAUUUAAUGUAUGCAAAUAUACCAAUAAAAAUAAUUGUUUUUAUAAAA